CCAUCAUCGCACUUCGACUCCAGCUCUGGAUUCGGGCUGCGGGAGAGCCUCGUCAUUUCCGCCGGCUCCAGCUCUGCCCUGCGUGCGCGCGUGUGUGAGAGGGAGACAGAGCCGAGCGCGCGGCGGCUGCAGGAGCGGAGCUCGCCUCGGCGGAUGCCAGAGCCGGCGUCCCGCGCGCGGCGCGGAGCAGAGCGCCACAGAACGGAGCGUUCCAGCGCCGAACCUUCGCGCCCGCGGCGUUCGGAGCCGCCGAGCUGAGUGUUCCACAAACGAACCUUCGCGCCCGCAGCGUUCCGAAGCGUUCAGAGGAGCCUGCAGCCGCAGCCGCGCCGCCUCCUCGUGGUCAGUGGGGGCGGGAGACGUCGGAGCGUGCAGGAGCAGCAGCAGCCGCCUCCUCCUCCUCCUCCUUCCCCCAGCAACCGAGGCAGCAACAUGAACUGAGAUCCCGAGCAGAGGCAGAGCGAGCCGAGAGGCAGCGAGCAACAGGGAGAGGGAAGCCCAGCGCCGCCAUCCUCGCCCGGGGAAAAGCCUCACGGAGGAGCACAGCGGCCGCCGCAGCCUGCGGACAGCGUCCCUCGCUGCCCUCCCCUCCACCCCCGAUCCCCUCUCCCCAGCCCCCCGGGGAGCUGUCGCACCGCCUCGGCCAUGGCGCUCAUUAUGGAGCCCGUGAGCAAGUGGUCCCCGAGCCAGGUGGUGGACUGGAUGAAAGGUCUUGAUGACUGCCUGCAACAAUAUAUUAAGAACUUCGAGAGGGAGAAGAUUAGUGGGGACCAGCUGCUACGUAUUACUCACCAAGAAUUGGAAGAUCUGGGAGUCACCCGAAUUGGCCAUCAGGAACUUAUUCUGGAAGCAGUUGACUUGCUCUGUGCAUUGAAUUAUGGCUUGGAAACGGAAAAUCUAAAAACUCUUUCUCACAAGCUAAAUGCAUCUGCCAAGAAUCUGCAGAACUUCAUAACUGGAAGGAGGAGGAGUGGUCACUAUGAUGGCAGAACCAGUAGAAAAUUACCAAAUGAUUUCCUGACAUCGGUGGUGGAUCUGAUAGGAGCGGCUAAAAGUCUACUGGCUUGGCUGGACAGAUCACCUUUUGCUGCUGUGACAGACUAUUCAGUAACAAGAAAUAAUGUCAUACAGCUCUGUCUGGAAUUAACCACAAUUGUUCAACAGGAUUGCACGGUGUAUGAAACAGAGAAUAAAAUUCUUCAUGUGUGCAAAACACUUUCUGGCGUCUGUGACCACAUUAUCUCACUCUCCUCUGAUCCUCUGGUUUCCCAGUCUGCGCACCUUGAAGUUAUCCAGCUGACCAACAUCAAACCAAGUGAAGGGCUGGGUAUGUACAUUAAAUCAACAUAUGAUGGUCUCCAUGUAAUUACUGGAACAACAGAAAAUUCACCUGCAGAUCGGUGCAAGAAAAUCCAUGCUGGAGAUGAAGUGAUUCAAGUUAACCACCAAACUGUGGUGGGGUGGCAGUUGAAAAAUUUGGUGAAUGCACUACGAGAGGACCCGAGUGGUGUUAUCUUAACUUUGAAAAAGCGACCUCAGAGCAUGCUUACCUCAGCACCAGCUUUACUGAAAAAUAUGAGAUGGAAGCCCCUUGCUCUGCAGCCACUUAUUCCUCGAAGCCCGACAAGCAGUGUCGCUACACCAUCCAGCACGAUCAGUACACCCACCAAAAGAGAUAGCUCUGCUCUCCAAGAACUCUACAUACCCCCUCCUCCAGUAGAGCCUUACAUUCCCAGGGAUGAAAAGGGAAAUCUUCCAUGUGAUGAUGUUGGCAGACACAUAGUGGGCAAGCCAGUUCAUACAGGAUCGGAAUCUCCUAAUUCAUUUCUUGACCAGGAAUAUCGGAAGCGUUUUAAUGUGGUUGAAGAAGACGCAGUCUUAUACUGCUAUGAAUAUGAGAAAGGAAGAACAAGUGGUCCUGGGAGGAGAGAGAGCACUCCAACAUAUGGCAAGCUAAGACCUAUUUCUAUGCCAGUGGAAUAUAACUGGGUAGGGGACUAUGAAGAUCCCAAUAAAAUAAAGAGAGAUAGUAGGAGAGAAAAUUCAUUACUGCGUUACAUGAGCAAUGAGAAAAUAGGUCAAGAAGACUACAUGUUUCAAAGGAAUAGCAAAAAGGAUACAGGGAAAAAGUCCAAAAAGAAGGUGGAUAAAAGUAACAGUCCAAGCCAUUACUCCUUGCUACCUAGUUUGCAAAUGGAUUCAUUAAGACAAGACAUCAUGGGCACGCCUGGGCCAGACACUACACUGUACCAUACAUUUCAGCAAUCUUCUCUACAGCAGAAAACUAAAAAGAAAAACAAAGCUCCCAUACCUGGUAAGAGCAAAAGGCGGAUUUCCUGUAAAGAUCUGGGCCGUGGGGACUGUGAAGGCUGGCUUUGGAAAAAGAAAGAUGCCAAGAGUUAUUUUUCCCAGAAGUGGAAGAAAUAUUGGUUUGUUCUGAAGGAUACUUCUUUAUACUGGUAUAUCAAUGAGGAGGAUGAAAAAGCAGAAGGAUUCAUCAGCCUACCUGAAUUUAAAAUUGAUAGAGCCAGUGAAUGCCGCAAGAAAUAUGCAUUCAAAGCCUGCCAUCCUAAGAUCAAAAGUUUUUAUUUUGCUGCUGAACAUCUGGAUGACAUGAACAGAUGGCUAAACAGAAUUAACAUGCUUGCUGCUGGCUAUGCAGAGAGAGAGAGGAUCAAACAGGAACAAGAUUACUGGAGUGAGAGCGACAAGGAAGAAGCGGACACUCCAUCAACACCCAAACAAGACAGUCCACCGCCUCCAUAUGACACAUACCCACGACCUCCUUCUAUGAGUUGUGCAAGCCCUUAUGUGGAACCAAAGCACAGCCGGCUUUCAUCCACGGAAACGUCCCAGUCGCAGUCUUCUCAUGAAGAGUUCCGUCAGGAAGCAGUUGGGAGCACCACUGAAUCACCUGUCCGCAAAACAGCCAGCCAGAGACGCUCCUGGCAGGAUUUAAUAGAGACACCACUGACAAGCUCAGGACUGCACUACCUUCAGACUCUGCCCCUUGAGGAUUCAGUGUUCUCUGACUCAGUCGUAAUCUCACCAGAACACAGGCGGCAAUCAACUCUUCCGACUCAAAAGUGCCACCUGCAGGAUCACUAUGGUCCAUUUCCUUUAGUAGAGGGUGAGAAAAUGCAAGUGCUAAAUGGAAAUGGGGGAAAACCCCGGAGUUUUACUCUGCCUCGGGAUAGUGGGUUCAACCACUGCUGUCAGAGCCUUUCAGUUAGUGCCUCUGAUCACCAGGAAGAAGUGCAACAGAAAGAGGUAGAUGAGGAGGAGGAGGAGGAAGGGAAAGCAGCAGAAGAAAGCCAAGAAGAUAAAACUGAAUCUGUAGAAGAAAAGCCAGCAGACUCACUGCAAGAUUUGUAUAGAGCUUUGGAGCAAGCCAGCCUGUCACCAUUAGGAGAACAUCGGAUUUCCACUAAGCUGGAGUUCAAGAAGUCUUUUAUAAAAAGGUGUAGCGAUCCUGUAGUCAAUGAAAAACUGCACCAAUUGCGAAUUCUGAAAAGCACCUUAAAGGCCAGAGAAGGAGAGGUAGCCAUUAUAGAUAAAGUUCUGGAUAAUCCAGAUUUGACAUCUAAAGACUUUCAGGAAUGGAAACAAAUGUACCUUGAUCUGUUCUUGGAUAUCUGUCAAAGCAGUAAUCCACAGGACCCUGUAAAUGGCUCUUCUGAAGUCAAUGCACUCAUAGCCUCUUUAGCGCACACUCAUUCAUACAUUGAAACGCAUGUAUAAGGGUGUUCUUUCUUUGUCUAUCUGAUACCUUACACUUUUACUUAUGUGUAUAAAGUAGUUUUUAUAUCAAUAUGUGGGAGGUCUAGUAAAUUAUAUUUUAAUGUUAGCUGUGUGAAGUAAACCCAAUAGGGUCCAUGAUACCAUUGUCUUUAAUGAGAAUUUGUAUAUUUUAUAUGCUACUAAUGCUCAGCUUGUGUUUACCGUGUGCAAAAUAAAAGGAAGAUAGUCUUUAAUAAUGAAAAAUUUAUUUUAAAAAAAUACAUUUUGGAAGCUGGUGACCUUCAAGGAGAAAGUUAUACAGGAUCAAGGUUUUGCUACUGAAUGUCAUUUGAUCACUUUUAAAAUGUAAUUUAAUUUUAUACUAUAGAAUUGCAGUAUUGCAUUACAAUUUUGGAGUGCGGGUAUUGCUUUUGGUUGUAGGAAAAAGAACUUUUUUAUAUUCGGUGAAAAACUAGGAGUUUUUAUUAAGUGACAGGAAGAAAUGUAACAUGGUCAUUAUAUCUGAGUUUUGGAGAAGACAAGCAUCAGAUAAAGGGGGAAAAAUAAACAAACAAAUCAUUGACACAAGUUCAUGGAUCUAAAACCUAGGUUACAAGAGACCUAUACAUAGGUACAGGUUUACAAGCACUACAGAGCAGGUUAUUUAUAUUUUAAUUAAGACCUUAUGAUGUGAUAUUCUCCCAUUAAUAUAAGUAUUAUUUUUUUAUUAUUGUAUCAGAAACAUAUGCAGGAUCAUGGUAUCAGGAUUAAGUGCAAUUUUUAGAAACAAGAAACUAAAUGUGGAUCAUUUUUGAUAGAGAUGUUUUAGUCACCCAAUUAAGCAGCUAAAGAAGGAGAUUCCAACUUAAUGAUUUGAAUCUGAGAUGUAACUUUGAAAGAAAAAAAUAAUCACAUUUUUUAACUAGCUUUAUAUUUAUUUUCUGAUGUGAAAUUUGGCCAUUUUCAGUGCAGGAAAAAAUCAUAGAGUUAGCAAGGUCAAAUGCAUCAUUUGAAAAAAUACUGAGAACUAAAGAGCUUUAUUUUUGCUUUUGAUUGGGAAAAGAUAUCUCCAGGUUCUUUAAGUUCACAAACCAAUACAUAUAUUUUAAACUUACAACUUAUAAGACUUGAGGCACAGGGAACAGGAGUGGAGUGGUUAGCUGGGCUCAUGCAUGCAACUGGAAAAGGGAAGGUAGGAGGUAAAUCACGUAUUUAUCCUUCAUUGGCUUGUUUUUGAAAAGUGAUCAGAGCAUGGCAAAAUAUUUGUGCUGCUUCUUUUAGUGUUUUGCUGCAUAAGUUAGGAGCCAUGGAAUGAUUUGGAGAAAGGGAAAAGCCUUGUUUACUGCUCUUUACUAUGAGCUGUACCCUUCACCAGCUUUAGACUAUUGUCUGUACAGCUCAGUGAAUGUAUUUAACAGCUCUGAUAUUUACUGAUGGUUAUCUUUGCUGUAGGAAUAAAGGGAAGACUGCA